AAUGCGCUCGGUUAUUUUCGAUCGGAAAUAAAUCGGAGGGUUGUCGGGGUGGUGAAAAUCGUCGGCCGUGGCCGUAAAAUCGGCGGAUCCGCGAGAGGGCUCGGCGGCCGUGCUGUCGAGUUGCGCCGUCAGCCUCGCGCAUCGUCGUCAAAACAUUCAACCAACUCCGCAGAAGCCAUUUUGUUUAUUUUCGAGGGUUCCCUUUCGAAGUGCAGAGGGAGGAAAUUCAUGAUCGCACGAUUUUGACACUUCGUAAAUAUUUUAUAUUAUUUGUGUCAUAUAUGGUCGGGUCGUUUCCCCUGGUAACAGGGGGUGAAGAAAUCUGCAGACAUUGGGCGAAUUUCAAGUAAACCCGUCAAACUUACCGUGUCGGGUAAAAACUACUGUGUACGUGGGACUUUAAAGAAAUCAAAACAUUAUAUGUCAGUCGCGGACGAAACGAUGAACCACGUCGAUAAAACUCUCAAGAAAAGGCAGAUGUUGGAAGACGUCGAAGAGAUGGACACUCAAGAAGGUGAGGCUAUGGAGACACUCGUAGACAGUGGUGGAGGUGAUGCAACUGAUAACAGAACGAUAAACGGCGAAAUGCAGGACCAAAUACUAACAACGGACACUGAGAUGGAGGAAGACGACGCCAGGUCUCAGGCAACCUUUCGACAUACAGUUCAUAACUUAAGUAAGCUUAAAGAUUCCCAGUUGUCUGCACCAUGUAUAGUGCGGAAUCUACCGUGGAAGAUCAUGGUCAUGCCGAGGAUUUCACCGACACAAGAUAGACAACAGACAAAAAGUCUUGGAUUCUUUCUCCAGUGUAAUGGUGAAUCAGAAAGUACGACUUGGAGCUGCCAUGCUUCGGCGGAACUUAGGUUAUUGUCACAAAAGGAAGGAGGAGAGCCUUUUUUUAGAAAGAUUCAGCACUUAUUUUAUAGUAAGGAAAAUGACUGGGGAUUUAGUCAUUUUAUGAACUGGGGUGAAAUAUUAGAUCCUGAGAAGGGAUAUAUUAAAGACGAUACAAUUAUUCUGGAAGUCUCUGUCUCUGCUGAUGCUCCUCAUGGUGUUAGUUGGGAUUCGAAAAAGCAUACUGGAUAUGUCGGUUUGAAAAAUCAAGGAGCUACUUGUUACAUGAACUCCUUACUACAAACUCUUUAUUUCACAAAUGAGUUAAGGAAGGCAGUGUAUAAAAUGCCCACUGAAAGUGACGACUCUAGUAAAAGUGUUGCUCUAGCUCUUCAGAGGGUUUUUCAUGAACUUCAAUUUUGUGAUAAGCCUGUGGGGACAAAGAAAUUAACUAAGUCAUUCGGUUGGGAAACGUUAGACUCGUUUAUGCAACACGAUGUGCAAGAGUUUCUUAGGGUGCUUCUUGAUAAGCUUGAAAGUAAAAUGAAGGGCACUUGUGUGGAAGGAACGGUACCAAAGCUUUUUGAAGGAAAGAUGGUGUCUUUCAUCAAAUGCAAAAAUAUAGAAUACAAAUCACAGAGGACAGAAACUUUUUAUGAUAUCCAAUUAAAUAUUAAGGGGAAGAAAAAUAUUAAGGAGUCUUUUAAAGACUACGUUACACCUGAAGUUCUGGAAGGCGAUAAUAAGUACGAUGCGGGUGAACACGGCCUGCAAGAUGCUGAAAAGGGAGUUAUUUUUUCAAAGUUUCCUCCUGUUUUACAUUUACACCUCAUGCGCUUCCAGUAUGAUCCCAUAACAGAUUGUUCUGUGAAAUUCAACGAUAGGUUUGAGUUUACUGAAAAAGUGGAUUUGACUGAAUAUCUUCAGUCAGAGGAGGAGACAAGUGCUAUUUAUACAUUACAUGCUGUUUUAGUUCAUAGUGGUGAUAAUCAUGGAGGUCAUUAUGUGGUAUUUAUAAAUCCCAAUGGUGAUGGAAAGUGGUGUAAAUUUGAUGAUGAUGUGGUUUCAAAGUGUACAAAGCAAGAAGCAAUAGAGAAUAAUUACGGGGGCCAUGAUGAUGAUCUUAACAUGACUGUGAAACAUUGUACUAAUGCUUAUAUGCUUGUAUAUAUUAGAGAUUCAGAGUUAGCGAAUGUCCUGCAAGAAGUAACAAAGGAUGAUAUCCCCCAAGAGCUUGAGGAUAGACUUACAGAAGAGAAACGAGUUGAACAAAUAAGGAGAAGGGAAAGAACCGAAGCGUAUCUGUACAUGAAUGUUCAAGUUGUUUUGGAAGACAGCUUUGACGGACACCAAGGAAAUGAUUUGUACGAUCAGGAGAGGGUCAACUAUAGGGUAUUCAAAAUUAAAAAAGAUCAGACACUUCAAGAUUUCAUGGAACAUCUUUCUGAAACACUCAAAUACCCAGUCGAACAGAUGAGACCUUGGCCGUUAAACAUAAGAACAAAUAAUACUAUUAGACCCACCACGCUUGAUAUCGAAUCUGAAUUGCAUAAAACCAUAGAAGAUAUAGCUGAAAGGGCCUCACCUUGGAAUAUAUUCCUGGAGAUCCUUUCACCAGAUGCUGGAACUAAUAGCCUUCCUCCUUUUGAUAAGGAUGCUGAUGUAUUACUGUUUUUCAAAAUGUAUGAUCCAAAGGCUAAGAAGAUUUACUACUGUGGCCAUCAUUACAUGCCCGUCGCAUCUCGAGUCUCUGCGUUAAUACCAAUAUUGAAUGAAAGAGCUGGUUUCCCUCCAGGCACCGAGCUUGAUCUCUAUGAAGAAAUCAAGCCAAGUUUAGUUGAAUCCAUUAAUAAUCAAAAUGAGGUUCUGGAAAAGGUUCUUCGAAGAGUUAGACCCAAUCUGAUAUCAAGUCCUACACAGAAUUCCAUGACUUUUGGCCCUCAAGAGGUACUUGAGGAAUUGAUGGACGGGGAUAUCAUCUUGUUCCAGAAAAAAGUUCAAGAUGAUGAUAUAUCCGAUUUACAGACCUGUAAGGAUUAUUUUAGAGAUCUAUUUCAUAGAAUGGAAAUUACAUUUUGUGAUAAAACGAUCCUUAAUGAUCCUGGAUUCACGAUGGAACUCUCGGCUAGGAUGAGCUAUAACCAAAUGGCUCAAGCAGUUGCUCAAAGGGUUCAGAUUGAUCCUUGUAGGCUACAGUUUUUCAAGACACACAAUUACAAGAGCGCUCCGGGUACAGCAUUAAAGUGUAAUUUUGAAGGGACUCUGAAGGAACUGAUGCCACACGCAACAAACCCAAAAGCAGUUCGAAAAAUUUACUACCAACAAUUAUCCAUCCCAAUUAAUGAGUUAGAAAAUAAAAGACCAUUUAAGGUUGUUUGGGUCGGAGCAAGAAUGAAGGAAGAAAAAGAAAUAAUACUCUAUCCUAAUAAAGGUGCAACAGUCGCCGACCUUUUGGAAGAAGCUAAGAAAACUGUUGAAAUGUCUCCAGAUGGAUCUGGAAAACUAAGACUUCUUGAAUUGACUUGCAAUAGGAUCAAUCCUGUAAGUCCUAAAGAUGACACACCUUUAGAAUCAUUGGCCAAUGCAGCUACAAAUACACCAAAAAUGUAUAGGAUAGAGGAAAUCCCAAAAGAUGAAUUACAGUUGGCAGAUGAUGAGACCUUAGUUCCAGUCGCACAUUUUCAUAAAGACGUCUUCUCUACAUUUGGAAUACCUUUCUUAAUUAAAGUUAAAAAUCGUGAACCAUUUCCUUCUAUGAAAGAGAAACUUUAUAAAAAACUGUGCAUUCAAGAAAAAGAGUUUGAAAAGUUUAAGUUUGCUCUAAUUUGUGGAGGGAGGCCUCAUUACAUAAGUGAUGAUUCAGAUUUCACUAUUAAAUUGAGUGAAUUUACUCAAAAUCAAAGUGGUUCUAAUGUUCAGACAAGACCUUGGAUUGGACUUGAGCACAUCAACAAAGCCCCAAAACGAGGACGGUUCAACUACCUCGAAAAAGCAAUUAAGAUUUAUAACUGAUAGUGCAUUUUUAUGUCUGCCUCAACACUCGUGAGGAUCCAGUUGUUAUUGAAUGUGUAUAUAUAUAGAGAGAAAUCUUAUAUGUGUAUAUAUACAUAUUUCAUCGGAAUUUAAAUAUGAUGAACACGAUUAUACAUAUUUUAUUUAAUAUUAAGGAAUUCCUUCGCCUCGCAAUUAAAUAAAUUCUUUUAUUGAGGUGCCUAAGAAUUCUUAAAGGACCUGGUCUCUGUUGGGCUUAAACCCACUUUUAUUGAAAUUUUCAAAAUGCUGUUAAUCGAGAGGGAAAAAGAAAAAGAAAAAAACCCACAACAGAUCCCUUUUGUCAGUUCAUUUGGUUAAAAUUUAUUGUUCUCAAUCUUAACAAUUGUAAUAAAGACAUUAUGUCUGCCCAACUGAAUGAAUUUAAUCAUUGUUGCACAGAAGUGAAGUGUAUUUGUUCAUGUUGGACUCCGAAUAUAAAAAGGUUCAGUUAAGAUCUGUGAAAGGGAAAUCCAACUGUUGAUAUUUAUUAAUCACAACAAAGUCAGUGAUAAGAAAAAAUGAAAUGUGAAGGAUUUUGUCAUUAAAAUAAUUCGACAAUUUCAUCUCUAAUCGUGAUAUAUUAUCCAAUAUUUUGUAAGUGCUCGGCAUUCAGAAAUCUUUAUGUAUUUAUUUAUGUAUUAAGCUAUUCAUGAGGCACAGGCUGUCAUUAAAUAAAAUACGGGAAUGUCAAAUUUUGAUAAAUAUUAACGUUAUAUUUUAUAUUAGUUUCAGAUAUUAAUAAAUGGUUUAUAAGAGUGAUUAUUGAGCCGUAUUUUGACAAAAUUAAUACAUUAGUGCUGCAUUAACAAAAAUUGGGGUUGUGCGUAGUUAUUUGCUUUCGUUAAAUCCAUUUUUACAGGUGAACUCGUGACAAUUCUGUUUGUAAAAAAAAAGAUUAUUGUAUAUUUUAUUGUCAAUUUUUAUCAAAUUAAAUUAAAUUGAUUCUCUAAUUACUUUCAUUUAUUACCAAACAUGAUUUGUUACUGUUUUAUCUCGUGCUCGGCCGUUUUUUUGAAAUGUUUAUGGUAUGUAUGCCAUCCAUCAAGAUUUUAAUGACGCAGACAUUUAAAAUAUAAGUAAACCGUACUAGGGCAUUCUAAGAAUGUUAGUUCUAUUUUUAUACAUGUAAAAGAACUUUUGAUCAACACACUUUUUGCAAUAUUUAUAAAAUCUCUUAUUUAACAACAAAAAGGAAGUUUAAGAACGAUAUUGAUAUUGACAAAGUGAACUCUUCUUAGACUGCAAUAUUAAUUUUAAUCUAAGUAAUUGAUUGCCUUUUAAUCAUUUUUUUUACACCCUUCCCAUUUUUAAUUUUAUAGGGCAGAUUCUUUUUUGGUAAUGAAUAAUACUGUUUUGUUGGCACUUAAGUUUGUUUAUAAUAUAUAUUUGAGUAUUUGUUCAAUGGCAUAAUUUAUUUUUAUACCCUCAUUUCCUGAAAAAUCACACAGCUUUGUAAAUAUUGUUAUUUUGUACAAAUAAUGUAUAUAAAUAAUUUAGUAUAUAAUAUAUAAGUUAGAAUUUUUAUCUGUUAUUCGGAGAUUCUCAACAUGGACAUGAAAAGUUGGAGUUGUGUUUUGAAGUACAUACUCAUGUAUCGGUUGAUAUUUAACAUUAAAAUGUUCUAAAUAA